GGUUCUAAAGGCAGUAGUUCUUAACCUUGGUAAUUGAAAUUGAAACGUAAAAUCACCCACUGUCUCGAACCCCGCCGCAAUGCGAGGCCGCUUAUUGGUCUAUGGGACAAUUCGAACAGCGAGUCGUUCACCCGCAGGAUUCGGACCGACCAAUCAGCGGUUGGCCCCCCGCCUGAUCCUAUCAGGGAGCCGGGCGUGACGUCAGAGCGGUGCACAGGCCCGUGAUUGGCUUGUUGAAGGGUUUGAUUGACAGGGUGCUGUAAGGACCAGGGGGCUGGCGCGCGGGCGCUGUCCACACCAGAGCAGGUCCUGAAACUCGGCGUGCGCAAAUCGUGGGCUCCUCACGCUGCAGCGAGCCUCUCAACCUUCUAACCGAAUAGAGCUCACGGUGGGAACGUUUACGCGAGGAACAAUACUGGGUUUUUUUUCUCUCCCCGUGUUCCACACACAGCGACAUUCCUGUACAGACACACACACACAUCCCUGGGAUUUUACGUGUGUUUGUGGGACAGUGUGUGUUUGAAGAGAGACAAAACAAGCCAACUGAAUCACACCCUUCACAGCAGCUUCACAUAAUGAGCCAUUUAACUUCACUUGCUUCGUGCCCAUCUCUCAUUUUCGUUUUUAAAAAACUUUUCAAUUCGAUCUCUCUCUAAAAUGUGCCUCCCAGUUUCUCCCCCUCCCCCGCGCGCUUUCACGGAAGCCACGACAACAGUGAAGGAGUUUAAGUGUUUCUGGAACCGGAGGAUUUGAGGAGAAGAGUAACGUUGUUUUCCCAACGGUCACUUGCUGGAGCAAAUGUUGUAGCCGAUGAAUCAACUGGACACUCAACAUACCGGGGAUUUCUAACGAAUUGUUAUCCUACCGGAGGCAAGAAGGAUUCUAACGGGGGGCUCGAGUCAGACCGGUGAGAGGGAGCAGCGUUUACCGUGUGUUCACCGUGUGAAUGACAGCAGCUUCUCUCCGGUUCAGUCACAGUUCAGGGGUCAGGACCAACGGACCGAGAAGGCGACCGAGAUUCCGUUACGAGGGGAGUGCAAUAGACUAACACGUUUCGGUCUCGGUCUAUUUUUUCUAUAAUAACUUUCACGUUAUUCAAUUAUUUUUUUGAACUUACUCGUCUUUCAAUCAGACAUGUCCUGUUGAAGGGAUUGGGACCGUGAUUGAUGUGUUUUCUCUGCCGGCCUUGGAGGCACCUAAGCCGGAUAGUUGGAAUGAGUAACCCCGCUGAACUCCCAAUGAAGGAACCGGAGUCAUUUGAGUUUUAAUUAUAUUCUUACACAAUUAUUACAAACUCUAUAAUUUUUUUUAAACAACAUUUAUUUUUGUUGUAUUAUUCGUUAGCUUAAAAAAAAUCAUAUUAUAUUUAAAAGAAAAUAUAACAUUUUUUAUUUUUAUUUUGGAGGGACCAGUCUCUUCGUGGCUUAACGGUUUCUUGGUGUUUUGGGUUUUUGAAACGCACCCAUCAUCUCUGGGGUUGUGAGCGCGAGGGAGAAGGGCGCACCCGGUGGGCCUCGUGAAGACGUUCAUACCGUAGGGACCUCCAUCCCCCAGCCGUGAGAGCUACGAUGGAGAUUCACUGUAAACACGACCCGUUCGCUGCGAUGCACAGACAUGGAGGGGUGAAUCAGUUAGGAGGCGUGUUCGUGAACGGCAGGCCCCUCCCAGAUGUGGUGCGAACGCGAAUCGUAGAGCUGGCUCACCAAGGGGUCCGCCCCUGUGAUAUCUCUCGACAGCUCCGGGUCAGUCACGGAUGUGUCAGCAAGAUACUGGGGAGGUACUACGAGACAGGAAGUAUCCGUCCCGGGGUGAUUGGAGGAUCCAAACCAAAGGUUGCUACACCCAAAGUGGUGGAUAAGAUCGCCGACUACAAACGCCAAAACCCCACCAUGUUCGCCUGGGAGAUACGAGACAGACUACUGGCUGAGAGAGUGUGUGACAACGAUAGUGUUCCCAGUGUCAGCUCUAUCAACAGGAUCAUCAGGACCAAAGUCCAGCAGCCUCCGGGUCAGUCAGGACCUCUCUCUGCUCAUAACCUAGCGUCGUCGGUAGCGUCGACACAGGUUUCUGCGGUGACCAGUGACUCGGCUGGCUCCUCCUACUCCAUCAGUGGCAUUCUGGGUAUCAGCUCAGCUAACGACGGGAAGCGGAAGAGAGACGAUGCCCUCCAGGAGUCUCCUCUAGCCAAUGGCCAUGGUCCAGGAGGGCGGGAUUUCCUGAGGAAGCAGAUGAGAGGGGACCUCUUCUCGCCGCAGCAGAUUGAGACAUCAGAGUAUUCGGCCAUGGCUCUAGCCGGUGGAUUGGAGGAGAUGAAAACCAAUCUGUCCAAUCCAGGGUCAGCGGGGGAGCUAGGAGCCAGUGUUCCGGGCCCACAGUCCUAUCCACUGCCAGGUAAAAAUCUUUAGCCACGCCCAGAUAUUACCUCCUCAAUUUCUACCCUCAUAUCUGACAUUUACAUUUCUAAAUGUCUGCCUUUAACAUAAAAAUAAUUUCUACCCUCAUAUAAAAAUAAUUUUAGACAGUUGAAGCAUUUUGUUAUUCGUUGUUUUAUUUAUUGUAUUUUAAGAAACCAAAAGAUGGAUCUGUAAUCAGAACAGUAUUUUGACUAAAGUCACAAAAGUGAUGUCAGGGCUGUUAGCGAUUUCAAAAACAACAAACUGCCAACAAUGAGCUGGAUUUAUCUCAUUUAACAUGACUCAGUGUUUGGGAUCUCCCCUCCAUCCCUCUCUCCUCUCCUCCAUCCCUCUCUCCUCUCCUCUCCUCCAUCCCUCUCUCCUCUCCUGCAUCCCUCUCUCCUCUCCUCUCCUCUAUCCCUCUCUCCUCUCCUCCAUCCCUCUCUCCUCUCCUCCAUCCCUCUCUCCUCUCCUCUCCUCUAUCCCUCUCUCCUCUUUACUACAUCCCUCUCUCCUCUCCUCCAUCCCUCUCUCCUCUCCUCCAUCCCUCUCUCCUCUCCUCCAUCCCUCUCUCCUCUCCUCCAUCCAUCCCUCUCUCCUCUCCUCCAUCCCUCGCUCCUCUCCUCCAUCCCUCUCCCCUCCAUCCCUCUCCCCUCUAUCCCUCUCUCCUCUCCUCCAUCCAUCCCUCUCUCCUCUCCUCCAUCCCUCGCUCCUCUCCUCCAUCCCUCUCCCGUCCAUCCCUCUCUCCUCUCCUCCAUCCCUCUCUCCUCUCCUCCAUCCCACGCUCCUCUCCUCCAUCCCUCUCUCCUCUCCUCCAUCCCUCUCUCCUCUCCUCCAUCCCUCUCUCCUCUCCUCCAUCACUGUCUUCUUACCUCCACCCCUCUCUCCUCCCCUCCAUCCCCCUCUCCUCCCCUCCAUCCCUCUCUCCUCCAUCACUUUCUCCUCCCCUCCACCCCUCUCCUCGCCUCCAUCCCUCUCGCAGAGAAACAGGAGAGAAACAGAGAGAGAGAGAGAGAAACAGCAGAGAAACAGGAGAGAGAAACAGGAGAGAAACAGGAGAGAAACAGGAGAGAAACAGGAGAGAGACAGGAGAGAAACAGGAGAGAGAAACAGGAGAGAAACAGGAGAGAAACAGUAUAGAAACAGGAGAGAAACAGGAGAGAGACAGGAGAGAAACAGCAGAGAAACAGGAGAGAGAGACAUGAGAGAAACAGGAGAGA